ACCGGGAAGUAGGCGAAUACGGAGCGAUGGCUGUUCUGGAGCCCUUGCUCCCGGGCAGACCAGAGGCCGCGGUGCCCCCGCGGUAGACCGGACCUGGGUGGCGGCCUCCGGGGUCCAGAGGGAUGGAGGGGUCUAAGACGUCCAGCAGCACCAUGCAGGUGAGCUUCGUGUGCCAGCGCUGCAGCCAGCCCCUGAAACUGGACACGAGUUUCAAGAUCCUGGACCGUGUCACUAUCCAGGAGCUCACAGCUCCAUUACUUGCCACAGCCCAGGUGAAACCAGGAGAGACCCAGGAGGAAGAGGCUAACUCAGGAGAGGAGCCAUUUAUUGAAACUCGCCAGGAUGGUGUCUCUCGUAGAUUCAUUCCACCAGCCAGGAUGAUGUCUACAGAAAGUGCCAACAGCUUCACUCUGAUUGGGGAGGCAUCUGAUGGUGGCACCAUGGAGAACCUCAGCCGAAGACUGAAGGUCACGGGGGACCUUUUUGACAUCAUGUCGGGCCAGACAGAUGUGGAUCACCCAUUGUGUGAGGAAUGCACAGAUACUCUUUUAGACCAGCUGGACACUCAGCUCAACGUCACCGAAAAUGAGUGUCAGAACUACAAACGCUGUUUGGAGAUCUUAGAGCAAAUGAAUGAAGAUGACAGUGAACAGCUACAGAUGGAGCUAAAGGAACUGGCAUUAGAGGAGGAGAGGCUGAUCCAGGAGCUGGAAGAUGUGGAAAAGAACCGCAAGAUAGUGGCAGAAAAUCUCGAGAAGGUCCAGGCUGAGGCUGAAAGACUGGAUCAGGAGGAAGCUCAGUAUCAGAGGGAAUACAGUGAAUUUAAACGACAACAGCUGGAGCUGGAUGAUGAGCUGAAGAGUGUAGAAAACCAGAUGCGUUAUGCUCAGAUGCAGCUGGACAAGCUGAAGAAAACCAAUGUCUUUAAUGCGACCUUCCACAUCUGGCACAGUGGACAAUUUGGCACAAUCAAUAACUUCAGACUGGGUCGCCUGCCCAGUGUCCCUGUGGAAUGGAAUGAGAUUAAUGCUGCUUGGGGCCAGACAGUGUUGCUGCUCCAUGCCCUGGCCAAUAAGAUGGGUCUGAAAUUUCAGAGGUAUCGACUUGUUCCUUACGGAAAUCAUUCAUAUCUGGAGUCUCUGACAGAUAAAUCUAAGGAGCUGCCGUUAUACUGUUCUGGGGGGUUGCGGUUUUUCUGGGACAACAAGUUUGAUCAUGCAAUGGUGGCUUUCCUGGACUGUGUGCAGCAGUUCAAAGAAGAGGUUGAGAAAGGCGAGACACGUUUUUGUCUUCCUUACAGGAUGGAUGUGGAGAAAGGCAAGAUUGAAGACACAGGAGGCAGUGGCGGCUCCUAUUCCAUCAAAACCCAGUUUAACUCUGAGGAACAGUGGACAAAAGCUCUCAAGUUCAUGUUGACGAAUCUUAAGUGGGGUCUUGCUUGGAAACUUUUGUCCCCACUGAGACGAGAUGUUUGAGAUGCACAGUUGGAUAAUGUGGGAAAAUGACAUCUAAGCUUUGCCUGGACACCAUGUGAUGUGAUCAGAAGCUUGAAAUUUAACACUUCUCACUUGGUUCUAGUCCCGAAUGCCUUCUCUGCUCUGUGUUAGAAAUGUGAAAUGGUGUUUGAUACUGUUUGAGACAUUAUGGAGAUUUAAUUAUUUGUAAUAAAAGAUUUGCUACAGUCUGACAACUGACCAGAGGUACACUGUUGGGUCUUUCUUUAACUAAAAUAGAGUACUUUAUAUUUUGGGAGAAUUGAGUGCAAGUGCAGAUAUGAGGUAAUUCUGUUGAAACA